CGGUACACAUAUUUAUAGAUACAAAUGAUACCCUCGCUUGACCUCUCAUUCGUGAGUAUCCCCAAUGGCCGCGGGGUUUCCUGGUCACAGAGUGCAGGAUGGGAUGGCGUCAGCUUCGAUGUAACCACCUUUACUUACCGGACGAGAAUGUAUAUAUAUAAGGACUAUCGUUUCCUUUUCUUUUUAUUUGAGCUUUUAUUUCUAAAUGCGACCAGGUUAAUACUAGUGUUUAUCAUCAAAGGGACUCGCAGAAUAAGACAGGAUGGCUUCCGUCAAAGUCUUGAAGACUCUCACAAUGGGCAAGGGCAUCACGCUCAGUCUCCUUAAGAACGAGGAUGCGGCUGAAGAUUCGAUCGACCGGUAUGUUGCGGAGGUAGUCGCCACCGGCGAAGAGCCCAUCAAGAUCCCACCUCAUUGGCACAAGGAGCAUGCCGAGCAAAUGACUAUUAUUGAAGGGAGAGUCAAAAUCACACUCGACGGCGUCGAGCGCAUCGUCAACGCGGGCGAUCCACCGGUCCUCAUUGAGCGGCGGGUCGUGCAUAGCAUAGAAGGGUUCAAGGGGGAGAAGUUCGUCGGACAAGAACGGCCUGUCCCGGGUGGGAAUUACAAGAUCAUGUUCUUCAACGAUAUGCUGCAUAAGGGGACAUCCCCGGGUUUCUGGUACCUUAUGAGGGUUUUCUACGAUGGAGACGGAUAUAUUGCUUUACCGCUGCACUUUCGGUUCCUUGAUGAAAUGUUCAUGAAAUUGUUCGGCGGCAUCGCCCAUCUGUUCGCGGCGCCACGCCCGACGGAGCUGUGACUCGUGCUGUAGUACGGCCGAGAUAUCAGAAGACCAAGCUACGGAAGGUCGUAAGUCGACGUACUGUUUUUCUAACUGCAGGCUUCGGGGUUGCAGCCACUGCAUACUCCAAAGGCGAGAGUGUGGCACAGUGGCAUGGAGAGAUGUGAUGUCCCUGGAAGGCCUCGGUACAGUGGCAUGGGUAUACUAAACGGCUGCAAUCAUA